UAUCUACUGUAAAAUGUGUGUAGUUUGGAGUAAAAAAAUGAAUGUCAAAGAGAAUGAAUACAAAGAAUGGUACGAAACACAUAAGGAAAAUUGCUCCGCAAAUCAUACAGGUUCCUCUGGCAAAAUGGAAGUGGAUGCGGUAAUAGAAAUGUUUAACCGUUCUGAGGAAAAAUACGGUGUAAAAUAUCGUUAUUAUAUCGGAGACGGAGACUCGAAAACAUUUACUGGAAUAUUACAAAAAGUUGAUAAUGGCAAUGAUUUUGAAAUUUUCAAGAAAGAAUGUGUUGGGCAUGUCCAAAAAAGAAUGGGAGCUCGCCUCCGUAAUAUCGUCAAUAACACUGUCGUUGAAGUUGAAACGAAAAAUAAGAAAAGAAUAAAAAGAAAAGUUUUGGGAGGAAAAGGCAAAUUAACCGGAAAAACGAUAGACAAGCUCACGGUUUAUUACGGACUAGCAAUUCGACGUAAUUGUGAGAAUAUUGAGGACAUGAAAAAAGGUAUUUGGGUCACAUUUUACCACUACGCUUCUACAAAUGAAAAUCCUCAACACGAUAUGUGUCCAGUUGGCGAAGAUUCUUGGUGUGAGUGGCAGCGUGAUGCAGCCAUGGACAAGCUUCAAUCGUUCGUGCACUCAUAUGACAGUUUUAGUAAUGUCAUAUUGCAAGCAAUUCGACCUGUUUACGAAGAUUUGAGCUCGGAUACCUUACUAAAAAGAUGUAUUGGCGGCUUCAACCAAAACAACAAUGAGAGCUAUAAUCAGUUGAUUUGGAAAAUUACGCCAAAAAUUGUUCCAAGUGGCUCUACAAUAGUAGAUAUUGCUGCUAAAAUUUCAGCGUGUGUUUUUAACGAAGGAUCAUCGAGUCAUCUAGCUAUUCUUUAUUCAAUGAGAGUGAAAUUAGGACGUAAUUCUGUCGAUUAUUGCCGAAAAUUGGACGAAAAACGAAUUAACGCCGCCGAGUACAGAGCGAAACUCGCUACACGGGAGGCAAGAAUCCUACAAAGGCAGAAAAAUUCUGAACAAUUGGACAUUCUGGAAGGCGUCGAGGACUUAUUUUAUGGUCCUGGAAUAGACGAUUCUGUAUAAUCCUGCCCAAGAUAUGAUG